AUGCCUCGCGAUACGCCUCCCGACGUAGUGUCGUAUUCGACGGUGGUGGCAGCGUGCCGACGCGGGGGAGCCACGCAGCAGGCGCUGGACUUGCUCGACGAGAUGAGAGCGGGCCGGUGGCGCGAGGCCCUGCAGAUGUACGACGACAUGCCGUCGUCACUGCCGCCAAACGAGGCGCUGCUGCAUGCGGCCGUCGUCGCCGCGUCUGCCGGCGGGGAGUGGCGGCGGUCGCUCGAGCUGCUCGGCGCGGGACAGCCGCGGGCGGCGCUGGCGCUACUCCGGCACAUGCGCUCUCUCGACGUGAAGCGGUCGCUGCUCACGUACAACGCGGCCCUUGGCGCCAUGGCGCAGGGAGGGUGCUGGGAGGAGGCGACGGAGCUGCUCGCCGAGAUGGGGCGGGAGCGGGUGAAGCCGACCCUGAUCUCGUUCAAUCUCGCGCUGGACGCCUGCGCAAAGGCAGCGCGCGGAGACGCGGCGAUGGACUUGCUGCAACAGUUGCGCGGCAGCAGGCGGCUCGCGCCGGACGUGGUUUCGUACACGUCCGUCAUCACCGCCUUCUCGCGCGCCGGCGACGUGGCGCCGGUCCUCGGGCUGCUUGGUGCGAUGGAGGAGGGGGGGACCGCCGAGCCCGACGACUUCACAUGGUCGUCAGCGGUCGCGGCGUGCGACCGGGCGGGCGAGUGGGCGCAGGCCCUCGCUCUCUUCCGCGGCCUUCGAGCCGCGGGCGGCGCCACCUCGGCCGCCGUGUGGAACGCGGCGCUGUCGGCCGCCGGCGCUGGGGGGCAGUUCGAGGAGGCGUCCACUCUGUUGGCCGAGAUGCGCGCGGCGGGGUUCGAGCCCGGGCUGCGCGCGCUCAACGCCGUCCUCCGCGCCGCGGAGAGCGCCGGCGAGGGCGAGGCCGCGAUGGAGCUCCUCUCGGCGAUGCGGCCCGGCGCGGAGCCCGACGCCGCCUCGUACGCUUACGUCGUCGGCGCGCUCGGGCGACAGGGGCGGGCGGAGCUGGCGCUGGGCGUGUGGGGCGCGAUGCUCGACGAGGGCGUGAGAGCGGACGCGCGCUCUUUCGCUGCCCUCCUCGCCGCACUCACCGCCGCCGGCCGGGCGGACGCCGCGCUGCAGACGUGGGAGGACGCUCGCUCUGCGGGUGGCGAGACGCCGUCGGCGGGCUGCUAUCGCGCCGCCAUCGCCGCGUGCGAGGCUGGUGGCGAGUGGCGGGCGGCGGUUGGCCUCUGGGAGGAGAUGGGCCGCGCCGCCAUGUCGUCGCCUCUCGUACCGCUCUCGAGCGCCCACAGCGCCGCCUUCGCCCAAGGCGUGCCGCUGCUGGCGCUCGCCGAGGCAGAGACGUGA